CAAGGUCAAGUGAUACGCUGCAAAGGUACUUCCCCUUUAAAUUCUAACAUCAUUUCUUUCCUCUCUGCCGUGGCAUGGGGACCAGGGAAGCCACUGGUAAUUGAGGAAGUGGAGGUAGCACCACCCCAGGCAAUGGAAGUUCGCCUCAAGAUCCUCUUCACCUCACUUUGCCAUACUGAUGUUUACUUCUGGGAAGCCAAGGGUCAGACCCCUGUGUUUCCAAGAAUAUUUGGCCACGAGGCUGCAGGAAUUGUGGAAAGUGUCGGUGAGGGUGUGACGGAACUCAAACCUGGUGAUCAUGUGCUUCCUGUAUUCACAGGAGAGUGCAAGGAAUGCAGGCAUUGUAAAUCAGAGGAAAGCAAUAUGUGUGACCUCCUCAGGAUCAAUACUAACAGAGGAGUGAUGCUUAAUGAUGGGAAGUCGAGAUUUUCAAUAAAUGGAAAACCAAUUUAUCAUUUUGUUGGAACUUCCACUUUCAGUGAAUACACUGUGGUACAUGUUGGCUGUGUUGCAAAGAUCGACCCUGAAGCUCCACUUGAUAAAGUUUGUGUUCUCAGCUGUGGAAUUUCCACAGGUCUUGGUGCAACCUUGAAUGUUGCAAAGCCACCUAAGGGUUCAACUGUUGCCAUUUUCGGUCUAGGAGCUGUUGGUCUUGCUGCUGCUGAAGGAGCUCGAAUGGCUGGUGCUUCAAGAAUUAUUGGGGUUGAUUUGAACUCAAACCGAUUUGAAGAAGCCAAGAAAUUCGGUGUCACGGAGUUUGUGAACCCAAAAGACUACAACAAGCCUGUGCAAGAGGUUCUUGCAGAGAUGACAGAUGGGGGUGUAGAUCGCAGUGUUGAAUGUACUGGAAGUAUCAACGCAAUGAUCUCUGCAUUUGAAUGUGUUCAUGAUGGAUGGGGUGUUGCUGUACUUGUUGGAGUACCAAAUAAGGAUGAUGCAUUCAAGACUCAUCCAAUCAAUGUCCUGAAUGAAAAGACACUCAAGGGUACAUUUUUCGGCAACUAUAAGCCUCGAACUGACCUUCCCUCAGUGGUGGAAAAGUACAUGAAUAAGGAGCUUGAACUUGAGAAGUUCAUCACCCAUGAAGUGCCUUUCUCAGAAAUCAACAAGGCAUUUGAAUACAUGCUGAAAGGAGAGGGCCUUCGAUGCAUCAUUCAUAUGGGAGCAUAA